AUGGCUACACUAAAUAAACCACGUUGUAAAAACUGUGGGGGAACAGAGUUCACCAGAGAUAUUAACACUCCCGCUUCUGACCUGGCGUGUGUAGAGUGUGGUACAGUUAGUGAAGAAAAUCCCAUUGUAUCAGAGGUCUCCUUUGGUGAGACAGCUAGUGGAGCUGCCACAGUACAAGGUGCCUUUGUUGGCUCAGAUCAAGCAAGAGCCAAUUUUGGAAAUAACAGAGGGUCUUUGGACUCUCGUGAACAAACACUCAAUAAGGGUAAACGAAGGAUAAAGACUGUGGCUGCUGUUCUUGGUAUCGCUGAUUACAUCUCGGAUGCCGCAUACUUAUGGUUUCGACUGGCUCUGACAAAUAAUUUCGUUCAAGGAAGGAGAUCUCAAAAUGUAGUAGCUGCAUGUCUGUACAUCGCCUGUAGGAAAGUGAAGACACACCACAUGCUAAUUGACUUUAGUUCACGAUUGCAGAUAUCUGUUUACUCGGUAGGCGCUACAUUUUUAAAGAUGGUGAAAACUUUGCAUAUCUCUAACCUACCUUUGGCAGAUCCCUCUUUGUUCAUCCAGCAUUUUGCCGAGCAGCUAAACUUUGGGAAUUCCAAGAUCAAGGUAAUAAAAGACGCUGUUAAACUGGCCCACAGGAUGGCUGAUGAUUGGAUACACGAGGGUAGACGGCCUGCUGGUAUUGCAGGAGCAUGCUUGAUGCUGGCAGCAAGAAUGAACAAUUUCAGAAGAACGCAUUUGGAGAUUGCAGCGGUCGCCAAAAUUGGUGAAAGCACCAUUCAGAAAAGACUCAAUGAGUUUAAAAAUACGAAUGCUUCUAAGCUGAGCAUUGACGAGUUUAGAAAGGCAACCAACAUAGAAUCUACCGCUCCUCCGUCAUACACAUCAAACAGAAUUAAAGAAAAAGCAAUACAGCAAAUGAUAAAUCAUAACAAUAAGUACUCCGAAGAGAAAGAAACAGUGAUGAAUUUCAUCCUUAAAGAUUCUGAAAUAUCGUCCGAAGAGAUUCGAACUUAUAUCUUAAAAAUUCAAAAGCAACAAAGGGAAGACCUGAAAAGAAAAGUCAACCAAGUUGUAUCUCCCUCUCCUGGCGAAGUAGGUGAAAUACAACGAUCCAUCGAUGAAGAUGAAGAUGACGACGAUGAAAGCGAGGACGAAUCUGAUAAAGAUGGCAAUACAGCUAAUUCGAUAUAUAAUAGCUUUGAAAGACAACAACAGGAUCAAGCCAGGCUUAUCGAACUUAAUCGUCCCAAGAAUCUUCACAAGUUGCCAACUACCGGAGAUCUGUUGGGAAAAAUCAAGUCUGAUCCAGAAAACCUGGAAGAUGUAGAUGAUGAAGAACUUGAAGGUUUUCUUUUGACAGAGGACGAAAGUAGGAUCAAAGAACGUGUUUGGGUUGGUCUGAACCAUGAUUUCCUCAUCGAGCAAGAGAAACGACGACUGAAGGAGGAAUCUGAUAAACUGGCGGGACACACCACAAUCAAAAGACGGCGUAAGAAGAAUAUCGACGAUGAUGGGUUGGGAAUACCCAAGACUGAACUGACUGAAUUUGCAAGUGGCCUUGACCCUGCCGCACUCGGUCUUCAAAGCUCCAUAAAUAGCAUUGGUGAAGGUUCCAGUGCACUGAGCAGCGCAAAGUCCAUGUUGCAGAAGAAAUCUUACAGUAAGAAACUAAACUAUGCUGCAGUAGAGAACUUGUUCUAG